CAUUGUGUGACUUUUGAAUCUAGUCAUUUUCUGUUUGUUACCUCAUCAAGCCGGUCCACCUUCAUUUUGACUUUCUGCUGUCUUAGAUGUCUGGUGAGAACAUCCUGUCUUCUCCAGAGAUCUGAAACGGGCAUUAUGUCUCAGCUCUUGCACAUGGAGAUUCCAAACUUCGGCAGCACUGUUCUGGACAGCCUGAAUGAACAGCGGCUGCUGGGCCAGCACUGCGAUGUGGCCAUCAUGGUCAACGGACAGGCCUUCAAGGCCCACCGUGCUGUUUUGGCGGCCAGCAGCCUCUACUUCCGUGAUCUGUUCAGCGGUAGUGCCCAGACGCUCUUUGAGCUGCCCUCGUCUGUGGCCCCAUCCUGCUUCCAGCAGAUUCUGUCAUUCUGCUACACGGGCCGGAUGACGGUGAGUGCCAGCGAUCAGCUGAUGGUCAUGUACACCGCAGGCUACCUUCAGAUCCAGAACAUCAUAGAGCGAGGAAUGGACCUCAUGUUCAAGGUCAGCGCUCCAUACUGUGACUCGCAGACAUCUGCCACAGACGAUCCCCCGAGCCCAAACAACAACAACUCCUCCCUGUUGCUAGGCGACCAACCAACAACUGUCCGCAAGAUCAAGGAAGAGAAGCUGGAGACCCUGGUGUGUGCUCAGAAUGGGGAGCUAAAGUACUCUGAGGAGGACAGGAGACCUAGGGGCAGAUCUUCAAGGAAUGGCACUCUUUUUUACACAAGUGGAGGCAUAAACGGGGUCAUACCUGUGAUGCAUGCUUACGAGCUCUCGACCCGAGAUCAUGCCAGUCCCGGUGCCUCUAGCCUCCCGACCACAGACAGCCCAACUUCACACCAAAAUGAGGAGGAGGAUUUUGAAGACGACUCGUACGAGAGCCUGACAAAUGGGAAGAUCUUUGGGGGCUUGUCCGGGAUCUGUGGCAGUAAAUGUCUUUUAGUGGACUUCUCUUUUCCUCCAUUGCAGCUCAAAACACUACGGAUUGAUCCCUUUGAGUGUGAUCUGUUUUGUCUCUUCCCAGUGAAAGAGAAGAUGGAGGUGUCCUCCCUGCCUCUGUCCUUGGAGAACCGUUUCUGUGUGCUGUUAGGAGGAGACAGAGAGGCUCUGCCUGCCGGACUAAUCAGCCAAAUCGGCUACCGUUGCCACCCUGCUCUCUACACAGAGGGCAACCCUGGAGAGAGACUGGAGCUGAUUGCAGGAUCUGGUGUCUUCAUGACUCGUGGGCAGCUGAUGAACUGUCACCUCUGUGCUGGGGUCAAACACAAAGUCCUGCUGAGACGCCUCCUAGCUGCUUUUUUUGACAGGAACACACUGGCUGACAGCUGUGGGACUGGAAUACGUUCCUCAAAUUGUGAUCCGAAUCGCAAACCACUGGACAGUCGCAUACUCAACACAGUGAAACUCUACUGUCAGAACUUUGCCCCUAACUUCAAAGAAAGUGAGAUGAAUGUGAUCGCCGCAGACAUGUGCACCAAUGCCCGGAGAGUUCGCAAGCGCUGGCUCCCCAAGAUCAAGUCCAUGCUUCCAGAGGCAAUCGAAGUGUACAGGGGGACUGCGGUCCUGAGCCAGGUGGAAGGAGCUACCCAGCCAGGCAGUGGCUUUCCCUUUGAGUCAGAGUUCAAACACCUGGCAGCGUCAAAUCUGACUCUGGAGCAGCAUCUCUAUGGAGACUGCAGAGAGACACUGAGGAAUGGCUCUCACUUCAAUAUAGAAGAGAGGUCCCAAAAAGGUAAAGAAGUCAAGACUGAGCCAAGCCGAGCCAAAGAGUCAGACAACCUGCAGGAAGUUGAAAAGCUUCCGGAAAGUCCAGAGAGGGCAGCCAGUGUGCUUGCCCUCAACCCUGCCAGCAAGAAAGGGGAAAAAGAGCGUGCAACCAGCAGCCCCAUAUCACAGAGAGAGGAACAGAACAGACAGAGACCACUAAAAGACGAUCAGUGACUUCUUCCAUUUCAUCAUUUCAUACUAUUAAAAACUGGCCUGCAGCUUCUCACACCAAAAAGGAUCAAUAUCAGAAGGCAAAUCUCCCAUGCCAAUGAACAUCACAUUAAAGCUGCAUGAUCAUGGGAACUGGACAUAUAACAUUUUUUCCAGGAUAGACUGAAAAACAUCUGCAUUAAAUUUAGUUGUGAUUACAAGUUUACCUACCCCUUGCAGAAUCUACAAUUUUU